AUGGAGGAAAAAUGGAAGCCUGGACGUAAAUGCAUUGCAGAUGAUAGUGAGCGCGAACCAUUGUUAUCUCAAGAGAAAAAAGAUGGGGACUCAAUCAAGCUCCAGAAGUUCACAUUUAAAGAGCUUGAAUCCAUCACUAACAACUUCAGUGAAGAGUGUAAAUUGGAUAAAGAUUGGUUCGGUUGUGUGUAUAGAGGUCGCUUGGGUAGCACUGGACAGGUGGUUGCAGUGAAACGACUUGCGAAAAAAUCCCAGCAUCAAGAAAACAUAGACUAUGUUAAGGAACUUCAGAGGUUUAGCCUCCUAAAUCAUCUCAACUUGAUAAAUUUGAUUGGUUACUGUGACAAAGGGGAUAACAAAUUCCUUGUUUACGAGUUGACGACGUUUGGAUCAUUGCAGGAACAUUUACAUGACCUUUCAUCCAAGAGGGAGCCACUGGACUGGAAUACAAGUAUGAAAAUAGCAGUUGGUGUAGCCAAAGGGUUAGAAUACUUGCACCAUAAAGCCAAACCAACGCAUUUCACGGGUAUCUGGAGUCAUCGAAUAUAUUUCUAG